AGAAUAUUUUCAGAAUUUUAAAUGUUAGUAAGUCUCUGAUCACUGGCCUGAAAGAGAUCUAUUUUCCGAUAUAAAUAUUUCUGUAUGGAAUGAGUUAUCUUCUGCAGGGCUCGGGUGCUCUGCUAGCUCCAUGUUUUGGGAGCUUGGGUAGAGAACUCACAAAAUUUGCUCCCUGCAUUUGUAUACGAUGCUCCAGAUUAAUCGAAAUCGAGCGGGGCCGAGGCCCAUUACAAAAUACAAGAUCAUUUACGAAUCAACCAUCUCCCACCUUCCCUCUUCCUUCAAUACCCUCAACAUCGACAAACCUCCAGUAUAUAUAUCGCGACGUCAACGAUAUUGGUCAUCUUCGUCGACAAUUUCCCAGCGACAACUUCCGGCAGAAGUAUUUUACGAGUUUCCAAUCUCAGCUUCCUCUGUUAGGGUCGACCGGACCGAUAGCGGUCAACCUUAACUUCACCUGUGCUCCCGAUAUACCGUACACAGGUAUCCAGUACAGAUUCCUACACACCUCCCCGUGUGUGUCGGCUAGGCCUAGCAGUAAGCUGGAGGAGAGCGUGGAAAGGUUGAAGGAAAGACAGAAGGAAACCCUCCUAGAGCUCUCCAGGGUUAAAGAACUGGAGAAGAAAAUUAAAAAUGUGAUAGAAAAGGACGAACAGUUGUCCCAGGCUGUGAAAGUUUCAAUUGAUCCGAAAAAACAUUUGACUACUGUAGAGAAAAAAUCUUUGUGGACCAGGUUUGUUGAAGAGUGUAAACAUUACUACUCUGGGUUCAAACUUCUGUUUCUUGAUGUCAGGGUUUCAUCUAAGAUUAUCUGGAAGGUUCUAAACGGACACACACUCAGCAGAAGAGAAAACAGACAACUUGUGCGUACUGUGUCAGAUUUGUUCCGUCUUGUUCCUUUCAGUGUAUUUAUUAUCGUUCCAUUCAUGGAACUGUUACUUCCGGUAGCACUGAAACUGUUUCCUGGUAUGCUUCCGUCAACAUUUACUAGUCAGGAUGAAAGAGAAGUGAAAAUGCGACGAGCUUUGGGUGCUAAACUUGAAUACGCGAAAUUUUUACAACAAACUCUAGAUGAUAUGGGUCCAACGGGUAAAGGGCAUAAAUCUCAAUCUGCAAGGGAUUUUGUGAGUUUCUAUCAAUCUGUGAAGCAGGAAGGAGCUCCUGUCACAAAUAAAGAAAUUCUCAAAUUUUCCAAACUUUUUGAGGAUGAGAUCACCCUGGAUAAUAUGACCAGAGGUCAACUGGUGGCAUUAUGUCGACUGCUGGAGCUAACCCCUAUCGGAACUAAUUCUUUUCUACGGUUCCAGCUAGAGAUGCAGUUGAGAAAGCUUAAGGCUGAUGAUAUUAUAAUCUCCCGUGAGGGUAUAGACGCGUUGAGCGUGACUGAACUACAGAUCGCGUCAAAGGAGCGCGGCAUGCGCGCACUGGGUAUUACUAAGGAAAAGCUGACCGAGCAACUUAAACAGUGGAUUGAACUCUCAACUAAUGAAAAGGUUCCUCCAAGCCUUCUCCUGCUAUCCCGCACCUUGUACCUGCCCGAGAGUGUUGACCCUGCGCUUAAAAUCGCUGCUGCAGUCUCAGCUCUCCCUGACUCUGCCGCCACCGGCGCCAAGGCGCGCCUGGGUGAGCGCGAGGGUAAGAUUGAGAAUGUGACGCGACUUGAGCUGAUCAAGGCGGAGCAGGCGAAGAUUGAAGAGGAGGCGAAGGAUCAGGCGAAGGAGAUCGAGGAUAAACAGAAGAAGAUGACGGAUGAAAGAGAAAAACUCUUGAAGAUAUCUCAGGCUGCGUUGAAUAAAUCAGUUUAUGAGCGAGAUCUGGGUCUAACCCCAGCCCCCUCCUCCUCAGCGGAGAGGAUAGUGACCGAGGCUGUCAGCAUCCUCAGGAAGGCAACCGUGUCUGCGGAGGGGGAGGUUCGACACACUGGGGAGCAGGAUUCUAUAUCUGAGGAUACCCAUGUUGGUCACGUGAUACAGGAGGUGAAACAGGCUCCUGUCCCUGUAUCUUCUAUAUCUAAGGAGUUGUCUCCUGAGGAUCUAGCAGCGCUCAAAAACGCGAUCGAAGCGAUAACGAAGGAGAAAGGGAAAUCGUUCCUUCAGGAGCACGAGGUGCUUCUUGAUCUGAAGCAGGAGCUCACAGAUUAUGAGGAGGAUCUAGGUGAGCUGGCUGAACAGGCGGAGUUGAGCGGAAGGAAGGAUAUGAAGCAGAGCAAGGGGGCGGCCAGGCUCUUCUCCAGGGUCAACAAGAUGCUCAAGAAUAUCGACGGUGUUGUCGGUAAAUUGGAGGCUAGGAAGAAGGUUCUGUCUACCCAGAUAGAUGUAUUGGAUAAUGCUGGAGCAGCGAGUAAACUUCAGCAGAACCAUCUUGUAACUGUUCAGGAGCUUCUACAUGCUGUCCGAGGACUCCAGGAUGUUGCUGACUCCUCUCGUCUUGAAAGAAUCGGCGAGGUUAUUGCAAGAAUGGAUGAUGAUAGUGAUGGAAUAGUUAAACUAGAACAUGUUAACAAGGUUAUUGAACUGCUAGGUCGGGAUAAUGUAAACCUAAACCCUAAACAAGUUCAACAGAUAAUUGAGCUCAUAGGUAAGGAGGAAAUGCUUGAGGUUGAAGGAAGAAUAGAGAAGAUAUUGGGGAAAAUACCGGCCUUUGAUCAAGCAAAGAAGAAGAUUGAAGAACAGAAAAAGAAAGAAGAGUUGGUUGACUCAGCUAAGGACCUGAAGGAUCCAACAGAUCCUGAACCUGAACCUCAUAUUGCUCAACUCUUCACCAGACCACCCAGAUCAGAUACCAAGGCUUCUGAGAGUUCUAGAACUGAACCUUUAGAUCCGGCCUCGAGACCGGAGGAGGGUGAACUGAAAGAGAAGAUGAGGGUGGAGGAGGACGAGGUGUCCUCUAAGGUUGAGGACAACAGUGUCAAGGAUGUGACGGGGCAGGUCGAGAAGGAAACGGGUGGUGUGGAAGAUAAGGAGAAGAUAACUCAGAAAAACGGAUCCCAGCAUUAAUCUGAACAAAAUCUUUUUUGUUCCAUGCUUUUAUUUUUAUUAUUCUUCUUAAACCUAUACUCGUUCUUAUAUAAAUUCCUGAUGAUUAAAUGUGAAAAAUAUAUGUUAUUUAAUAUUUGAUGCCAAGAAAACAAUGUUUUAUACAUUGACCCAUAAUUAUUAAAUUAUUAAUUGAUCCAAA